AUUCGAUCUAUUUCCGGAAACAACUCGGAAUGUGGCAAGGUGUUAUUUAUGUCCAGUUUACAUUGAUGCUUUUAUGGAGCUGAAAUAACGCCAUCAGUGAAUGACAGGUCCUCUGUAACUGGAUCACUGGUGUUCUCAGAAUGGCUGGGAAUUCUACAGAUGCAAAUUUCAGUGAGGUUACAGUCAAGUUAGAGCGACUAGACCAGGAGUAUGAAUACAGCAAUGCUCUUCAAACAGAAGCUGACACCUUUACCAACAUCAAGACUGAUCCUUCAGAACCAGACGAGAACUACAGUCUGCCCACUGUAUCUCAGUGUCCCCCACAGAUUAGUGGAGGGUCCCAGACUUCCUUCAGCAUGCCAGUGAUCUCAUCUCCGCCUAUUAUGAAUAGGGCACAACUUCUCAAUGGAGGACCUAAUUUGCUUUCAGCAGCACAAGUACCCCCCAAAAAACAAAUCGCAGCACUGGUUAAGGUGGCAGCGCCAACAUCCACGGGUACUACGAUCAAACAGGAAGUGGAUAAAGCAUGCUUUAAACUGUCUCAAGAUGGGGAGCAGUCAUUAUUUCUGUCAGUGAAUGUGGAGAAGAAAUUAUGUAGCUAUGUGGGGUCAGACAUGGGAAGACAAUUUCUAAACAAGCGGCCAGAUAUCAUGGAACAUUUCUUCCAGUUUUGUCAAGUUGUAUACAACACUGAGAAAGAAUCCAAGAACAAAUCAAAUGAAACAGCAAUUCAGUCAACGCAGAAAAAGCUGAAACCAAAACCAGUUGUCAAACGACCGAACAUCCUUCAACAAAAAGCUACACCCACACAACAACCCGCAAAACAACCCAUACAACAACCCACACAACCCAUACAACAACCCACUCAACCCACACAACAACCCAUACAACAAUCCAUACAACAACCUAUACAACAAGCAAUAGCCCCAGCACUUAUACCAGUGGCAGGAAAUGUAAGGGGAACUGUACCUAUGACAGGAAACUUGCUUCAUCCUAUAGCACAGCCUCCACCUGGAACACAACUUCUUGUUCUUCCACCAGCUGCUCAAACAAUGCCAGAAAUUGCAAAAAUUUUGAAUACCUCCACUGUGACAAAUAUAAAGAGUAUAGUUCCACAAUCUGUAGAGUCUGGUCGAAAGAGAAAAAAAUAUCAAAAAGAUGGUCCUGAAGAUGAACCUCAACAGAAGCAACCCCCUCUUCCAGUUGUAGAUAUGCCAUUCAGAAUGAACAUCAAAAAGUUGAAUUCAGGAGCAACGAAGUCCACACUUAUGACAUUAAGGCAAUCACUGGAGAGUAAAUCUGGCACUGGUGUAAACCCGGUAAUAAUAGACAAAGCAUCAGAGGCUUCUACAUCGACACAACAACCCAGAAUGAUCUCCAUCAUACAAAAAUUUGGGACCACCAAGGAAAAAUCCCCCAGUUAUGGAGAAGUCCUAAAGGAGGCUAUGAAGAAUUCCUUGUCAGAGAACUCCUCCUUACUGGCAAACAAAUUUGACAUGACCCCUGAACUCACUCCUCAGGAGUAUGAUUUGUCUCUGAUUAAAAAGGAACCCAAGACCACUCCCCCUAUUGAGAAAGCGACUGUGGAUCCACCUUUUGAAUUGUUCUCCAAGUCCAUCAAACUAAGUGAGGCCCCUACAGAUAUCCACUCUCUGUUCUUCAGCUACACAACUAGGAAAGUGAAAAAAAUGGUGAAAAGAACCAAAAAGAAACCUGUUAGGCCAAAUAAAAACAGUGUUCAAGAAAUUAAAGAAAAUUCUAAUUCUAAUCCAAUUCCACAAGAAAAGACCGAUUCAACUCCAAAACCUUACAGCUUCAGACAGCGAACAAAGAAAAAGAGAUUUGGAGAUGAUUAUGUUGAAGAUUUCAAAGAGGUCAGGACAAGGGGCAAGGCAGAGAUGAAGAAGGAAGAAGAAGAGUUUAUUGAUGAUGAUAAUGAUGAAGAUUACAAGGCUGAGAGUAAUGAAGAGGAGGAAGAAAAUGAAAAUAAUGCAGAGUUAGAUGACAAUGACGAUGAUGAUGAUGAUGAAAAUACAGAUGAAGAAUCAAAACCAGCAGAAGAUGUAGAAGAAGAUCGGACAAAAUUUAAAUAUUAUGACGAGAGCAAUUUGGAGGAAUUCUUUGAUGACCAGCGUCACACCUACAACAGAAACAGACGAGGAGACUAUAACUGCAAGUUAUGUCUGAACACAUUUAAGUGGUCAAUGACGUAUGUGCAGCACAUGGUAGAUAAACAUGAGAAAUUACUGCAGAACAUGAUGGUUCACCAGUGUAUUUUGUGUGAAAAAUGUUUCCUUGCUAAUGAAGAUUUGGCUGCCCAUUACAGGAAAGUCCACAAGCAGUUAGACUGCUUCAUCUGCAAGAGAUGCAACUCCACAUUUAAUGCAGCACCAAGUUACCACAAACAUCUGGAAACCUGUGGUGAAAAGGUCGAGGAGACAGAAUCUGAUGAAAUGCUGUUUCUGCAACCAACAAAAGAGGGAGAAAAGAAAUCAACAUAUGUGUGUAAUAUCUGUCUGAGAGUCCUAAAAACAGCAGAAGGGCUAGAGAAACACAUGAAAAUGCAUGACGAUGACUCAUAUCUUAUAUGUGAUAUCUGUGGUGUUCAGUGUACCACAAAAACAAAGCUUAACAACCACAAAGCUAACCGCCAUCAUACCAAAUUGGGUAAGGUAGGUUGCCCAAACUGUGACCGCCGCUUUAUGACUGUGUGGGCUAUGUACCGACAUAACCAAGACGUCCAUGGCUGUACUCAGGAUAUUUGUAAAGAGUGUGGGAAAUUCUUUGACACAGAGGAACAGCUGCUGGAGCACAUCAACCAGUUCCACCCUCAUCUGAGUCAAGAUGUGUCUCGCUUCUCCUGUGAAGAGUGUGGUAAAUGGUUUGAGCAGGCUCGAUACCUGUAUGUCCAUUAUAAAGAGGUACACAGGAAUCAAAGGUCAGUCUGUGGGUUCUGUGGGAAAGGUUUCUCCAAUCGAGAUGAAUUCCACGCACACAAAAAAACACAUGAUUUGUCCAUCCCAAACACCUGUAAGAUCUGUGCCAAGACUUGGAAUACUCCAGAGGAUCUAGAAAAACACAUGCGUUUUCACGUGAGAGGUAAAAAACUUCACCAGUGUGACAUUUGUAAAGACGUUUUCAUCCGAAGGCAAGAUCUUAUAGAUCAUAUGAUCACACACACACAGACAUUCCCAUAUAUCUGUAAGGAGUGUGGAAAAGGCUUCAAAAAUAAAGGGAAACUGAAGGUUCACAUGAUUUCCCAUGUGUCUCAUCGCCCCUUUCAGUGUGAUAUUUGUGGAAUGUCCUUCAAGAUGAAGGCGACCCUGGGCACUCACAUAAAGCGACAUAAAGAAGUGAAACCUUUCAAGUGUAACUACUGCCCUCUUCGAUUCAAAUCAGUGGAAGGAUCCAGAAAUCACAUGCUCCAUAAGCAUAUUACGCCGGAAGAACUCAAAUUCAUAAAAUUCAAGGUUUAUAAAUGUGAAUAUUGUAACAAAUUAAUGGGACAGAAGCACAUGUACAUGCGACAUGUUCGUCUUCAUACAGGAGAAAGGCCUUGUGUCUGUGACGUGUGUGGGAGGUCAUUCACAAUGCCGGCUACGCUAAAUGUUCACAAAAAGACCCAUCUGGAAAGAAAACCCCAUCACUGCGACACAUGCAACUUUGGUUUUAUAGAUGCUCACAAAUUAGGGAAACACUUUCAGACAAUAAGGCACAAACAAAUGGUAGAGCAGAAGAAAAGAAUCAAGCAGUUAGCUGAAACAAGGGAGAGAAACAUGAUGAAGGCAACAGAGGACACAGGGGUUGUAGAGAGAGUCUCCGUAAAACUGGAGGAGGUAGACGAUGUGUCCAUAUUAGAGGUGCCUGAGAGAACACAGAUCAGUCUUGGAGAUGAGAUGGUGGUGGUGGAGAGGGCAGCGGAUGACCCCCUACAGAACGAGAGGCUCCUACAGAGGGAAAGCAGUGGAGCUGUGGGGCUCCUUCAGGGUUAUACAGACACUAGUGGCAAUUUAAUGUCUCUGGUGUCUGUACCUGGGGGUCAAUAUCCAGGACUUUUGUCUCAAGUUCAGCAGAGUGCUGAAUUAUCCAAUCAAAUCAUUGCACAGGGUGUUGACCUAGCCAAUCAACUCAUUGUUCCCAAAGAAGAAAAUAUGAAUGCAUAAAUCUGUGUGGUUGAUCAAUUGUUCAAAUAUGUCUUUCCUUGAUUAUUUUCUGUAGAUUGACCUUGUAGUGUCUAAUAAUAGAUGGAAGACAGGUUUAUGGUGGAAGACUUCAUAUUGUGCAUGCAGGAAGUUAAGAGUUGAACAUAAAAUUUUUAAGUCAAUUUAUCAGUAACAUUUUUUUUAUAUGUACCAUAUUUUUACAUGUAUGUUUGAAUUUCUUGCUUUCAAUGAUGCAUGACAGGCAAUUAUUUUUUCAUUAAUAUUUUUUAGAGUACCAGUAGUAUACCUGUAUUCUGUUCAUUUAUAAUUGUAUAAAGCCACAUUAUGUUACUUUUUUGUAAAGUACAUGUAGUACUAACUGUUUUCCACCUAAGCAUAAAUACUUGAAUGUAUGGUUGUAAAAAAGCUGUGUCACACAAUUGACAUGGCAAAAUGGAGAUUUUAUCUUUGAUAUUUCUAUUGAUUGCCAUCAAGCAAAAUAGGAUAUUUCAGGAAUCCUACAAAGAAUUUAACUCUCUAAAUCUCAUCAUGGUUAAAAUAUUUGUGUUUAAAUUUCUUCAUUGUUUUAUCUUU